CAUACAACAUUUGUCAUGGCUCUUCGCUGCUUAUCUCAAUCUUCGACAACUUUCUCUUAUCUCUCUAAGAUCUGUGGAUUUCGUAUGCAUGGGACCAAGGCAGCAGCUUCGGUUGUUGAAGAACAUGUUUCGGAGAUGGUGGGGACAGAGCGUGUGGAUGAAGAUUAUGCUGAUGUGGAUUGGGACAACCUCGGAUUCAGUCUUGUACGGACAGAUUACAUGUUUGCCACCAGAAGUUGCAGAGAAGGAAACUUCGAACAAGGUUGCCUUAGCCGUUACGGCAACAUCGAGCUCAACCCUGCUGCUGGAAUUCUCAACUACGGCCAGGGACUAAUCGAGGGGAUGAAAGCUUACAGAAGAGAAGACGGUAGGGUUCUUCUCUUUCGUCCAGAGUUAAAUGCCGUGCGUAUGAAGAAAGGAGCAGAGAGAAUGUGCAUGCAUUCUCCUUCUGUUCAACAGUUUAUUGAAGGUGUUAAGCAGACCGUUCUUGCAAACAGACGUUGGGUUCCUCCUCCGGGAAAAGGCUCCUUGUACCUAAGACCAUUGUUGUUUGGAAGUGGAGCAAGCUUGGGUUUGUCUGCAGCAUCAGAGUUUACGUUUCUUGUGUUUGGUUCUCCUGUUCAAAACUACUUUAAGGAAGGUACAGCAGCACUGAAUCUCUACGUUGAGGAGGUGAUUCCACGCGCGUAUCCUGGAGGAAGUGGUGGCGUUAAGUCAAUUUCUAAUUACGGUCCAGUGCUUGAAGUGAUGAGAAAAGCGAAAGCAAGAGGGUUUUCGGAUGUAUUGUAUCUGGAUGCAGAAACUAAGAAGAACAUAGAGGAAGUUUCUGCUUCUAAUAUAUUCCUUGUCAAGGGGAAUACAAUAGUGACUCCAGCUACAAACGGUACGAUUCUUGGAGGGAUCACGCGAAAGAGCGUAAUCGAAAUUGCUAUUGAUCUUGGUUACAAGGUGGAAGAACGAGUAGUUCCUGUAGAAGAACUAAAGGAUGCAGAAGAGGUUUUCUGCACUGGAACUGCCACUGGAGUUGCUUCUGUUGGGAGCAUCACGUUUCAGAACACAAGGACUGAGUACAAAGUGGGGGAUGGGCUUGUUACGCAGCAACUUGGAUCUAUUCUUGUCGGAAUACAAACUGGUUCUAUCCAAGACAUUAAGAAUUGGGUGGUGGAGAUAGAUUAA